GUUACGAGUUGGACAUUUUUCAAUUUAUCUCACCCAUUGUUAUUUCUUUUUGUAAAUGUUCGUUUUCCUGCAUAGUGCAGACUACUAGCUCUUACAGUCUUUAUAUAUGAGAUUUUUGUGCAUGUGUUCUGGCUUAUUAACAUUUCUAGCGUGCAGUGGAAGUAUUUCAAUGAUUGUAUAUGGUAUUGAUUCAAUUCGAAAUUAUUCUUCUUUGAAAUGAAGUUAAGUUGAACAAAUCUAGCCUACUUUCUACAGAUUCCUAGUCAGAUAGAGCCUUAUUUACUCGUACUUCCUGUCUUCUAUCAUUAGAAAGUCACUUAUACAAUCUACGUUUACAUAAUCGGUCCAGAAAUCUUCCAGUUUUAAUUUAAGACCUGGUUGGAAGUCCUUAUUGAAGGGUUUACUUAAACCUGUGAAAAAUAAGUCUACAGAAAUAUCUUCACCUUUUGCUGUAUUGCAACUUCUCUUGCAGGUUUAUGACAAACUUUUUCUAACCUUGAAAUACAUGUUUUGCGGUUCUUAGGAUUCUUUUUCCUAACAAUUUCAGUCGCCAUGGGCACAAGGAGUUGUGAAUUGAGUAUUUUUUUAGUUUUUACCUUACUUUCUUGUAGUACCAUUCAAGAUACCCUUUUCUUGCUAACAAUGAAACUAUUACCGCUCAUAUCGUUUGGAAACACUUAAGUGCAAUGGAAUCCCAGGGAACUGUAGUCAUUAAUCUAUGUGUUUACGAUGGUUCUCAAUUCUUCAUGAAAAGGAACUUAGUUCAGAGAUUUUCAGUUGAAUUUGUAAGUGAUAUAACCAUGUUGGUCAAUGUAGAUAAAGUCAUAGUUACGCUAAGAAGCACUAUGCAUAUCUCAGACCAGUAAUAUAAGUCAUUGAGAUCAAUUUUAAGGUCAUCUAAUCCGUUAUUUUAUAAUUUCCUCAAUCAAUUUACCAUGAACGAUGCGAUGAUGAUAGAUGACGUUUUUUCAUAAAGAAUACACCAAACGUAAUUUUGCAUCAUCUCUUGAGGAACAUUAGUUUACAGUAAUUUUCAUGACUGAAGUUUUUGUUGCACUCCCAAUUUUCAGGAGACUUUUUAUACGUGAGAAGAUUUCAUGAGACUUACGAUUUUAGUUUCAAUAAAAAUCAGAUAUAUGUGAUCCUGCUAAACAUUUAACGGUUGUUGACGUAAAGGAAAUCCACUAACUUCCUAACAUUCAUAUUCCUUGUUCAGGUAAAAAUGAGAAGUUAUAAAAAAACUACUUCUUAACAGUUGCUAUCGGCUGACUAGCAAGGUUUUUGUUUUUUAGGACAGAUAAAAGCUAAAUAUACUUUUAAAUGAACCAUUUCUAAUUUAAAAUUAAUCUCAAAAACUUAAUUGCGAUACAUUGUCACUUUUCUUUGGUGUAUUUUCCUUCUAAAUCUCCAAGUAACCGGCAAGAGUACUAAUAGACAAAUUGUUGCCAACCUAUUACAUUAAUUUUCAAGGUUUGAAAUCACUCACCCUACGGUUGAUGCUACCUUGACGUGGUGGUCGGACUUGCCUAUUGUGAUGAAUCAGUCGGGCUAUACUGUCUGAAAAAAUCAUUUAUGAAUGUCCUGCCAUCCCAGACAGAUUGGUUAAAGAGCAAUAAGACUAAAAGCACCAUACCAAAGGUCCGAGGGUGAAGUUUUACUGCUGACUGUGCAGAAGUGUGAUAGCUGUAAGGUGUUUCUCUCAGGCAACCAGCAUAACAGCAAUCCUACCUUUCGACAAGGAAGGGUGGGAUUAGGAAGGGUUGACCCUAGGAUUGCACACCUCACCAUAUCCCACAGAUUUUUGUCUCCAUCAGUAAGGUUCGAACAAGUACGGAGAUAACACGAAAAUUACCUACAAAAGGGUCAUGUGUGACCGGUCUCAAGCAGUUGUCUCCUCGGCACCGUGGUAACGCUCUCAGGUCACUAAGACCACUUCUAACCCAAUUUUUAUUUUUAGGUAGCCCUAGACGAACCUUUACAGGGUGUGGACAACUGGUAAGUAAGAGCUCCCUUUAUAUCUCUAAUAGCACUCAAGACAACUGUAUUCAUGGUCAAUUUCCCUUCUCAACUCCUAUUUGUCAUGCUUUGCAAUCGAUCCAGUACUAUGUGCCAACAGUCAUAUGCUUCAUUGUGAUAUUGAUAUUUUCCAGAUUACACAUUUAUCUGUGGUACCUUUUGGCAUAAUGCAAACUGGUUUGAUAAAUUUGGAAGUAUAUCAUGCCUAAAUUCCGAUUAUAAAAUGUCAUCUGCAUAAUGACUAAAUUUUCAUUCUGUUUAUGGAAGUAAAAAUAUAAAAAUUUCGAGAUAUUAUUCCUAAAUGAAAAGUGACGGAACUAAAUCAGACUUUUAGUGCGUCGUGGUCCAACUUUCUACUUGGUAAAGAGCAGCACAUAUUCCUUCAGUAUAGUCGGUACUAUGGCAAGGAAUAGGGCAAGAUCUAUAUUGCUGAUUCACUGGUGAGAACCGAACAUAAAAAUGUUCAUCUAUGAACUAAUUUGCAUUCUGUUCUCUGAUGUCGGUUACAGCAGGAUAAAUUACCGAUUCCCCAGUACACAAAACUCAAAUAGGCGUUACUCCAUUAACUAGAAGUUUAAUAUGAUGAAUACACAAAAACUGGGGUCUAAAGAACUAAAUAAAAGUUGUAAGACUAUAAAACACAGAAAUUUCACCAUAUUUUUGGUCACUUCUGAUAGCUUGCCUCCAACCACCUUGGGAAAUAAGCAGUUGUACUGUUGUCUAAUAUUUUUACUGUUCAACAUGAUAAUCCAAUUAUAAGCAUUAACAAUUUUCAUUUUAGAUCUAGUUUGACAUUAUUUCUUCAGAAAAAUGCCAAGGCCAACUUCAGCUCAGUCUGAACAAGAAGACAAUACUGAUUUACUAUUAAUUGAAGAAUAUGAACGAUUGCAUAAUCAAUUAAGAAUAUUACAAAAUGAACGUCAAAAACAAGCUGAAGAAUUCACUGUUAAACUAGGCAAAUAUAAAAAAGCCACGGAAAUUUUAGAAAAAGAAAACGAAGAAAUUAAAUGUCUUCUAACAUUAGUUGAUAGUGCUCAAAAUAGAAAACAAGAUAUGAAAUGUAUUGAACAAUUAAAACAAAUUUUACAAGAACAAGAUAAUAUACAAUUACAAAUUGAUGAAUUAAAAACUUAUGGAAAACGUUUAGAUAAUGAAAUACGUAAAAUAGAAAAUCUUAUACAAGAGAAACAACAAAUUCGUUUAAUACAAACUAAAAAAGAAACAGAAACUGCUGAAUUAAAAUUACAAAUUGAGAAAAAAUUAUUAAUUAUGGAAAAUAAUUUACAUGAAAAAAAUAUGAAAUUUUGUGAUACAUUAGCUUAUAAUAAUAAAAUUCGUCAUGAAAUAGAAUGUGCACGAAAUGAACGAAAUAUUUAUUAUUCUAUACAUCAAAAAUUAAAAGAGAAAUUAAUACAUUUAAAUAAAUUAAAAACAAAAUUAAUUCAACAAGCAAAUAUUACAUAUGAUCAAAGGGCAGAUGCAAAAAAUAAAAGUAAUGCAUUAAAAGAAAAAAAUGAUAAAGAUAGUGCUGGAUUUGAAACUGAAAUUAAAGAUUUACAAAGAAUUAUUGAUCAUAAUGAUCAAUUAAGAAAAUUUAUGGUAACUAAAUCAGAUGAACGUUUGGAAUGGAAACAAAAAGCAGAAAAUCGUAGACGAAAAUAUGGUGCUACUGGUGAAAUAGCACAACAACAGAGAAGUCUAAAAAUCCAAGAAUAUGAAUCAGCAAUGAAUCGUUUGCAAUUAAUCACUGGAAAAUCUGAUGUUGAACAAAUGACUAGAUAUUAUAAACGUAAUGAAGAUGAUAACUUUACAAUGUUUAAAUAUGUGACUGAAUUAAAUAAUCAGAUUGAAUGCUUAAAUGAUAAUAUCAUAAACAUAGAGAAAACAAUCAAUGAAUACGACGAAGAACAAAAAGUUUUUGAGAAGCAAAGAGUUAAUAGAAUGAAUGAAUUACAAGCACAAAUCAAGUCCGAUAAAGAAGCAGCUAAUACAGCUGAAAAUCGUACAACGCAUAUACAUAAAUUAUUAGAUCAAAUUAAAACAGAAAUUAAACAGUUAACCAUAAAACUUGGUUGUGAUUUAUCACGAAUAACUGAAAUGCUUGGCGGUGAUGGUGAUCAAAUAACCGAAAGAAAUUUAAUGCUUUAUCUUAACGUGUUAGAACAAAGAGUAGAUGAAUUACUAACAGUCAAAUGUUAUUCACAAAAUAAAGGACAUAAUGAUGAGAUGAAUCAAGACAAUCUGAAGAUAACUUUGGCACCAAAUUUCAUGGAAACCAUGAGAACAAACAGAGAUACGUCACUUGUAUUACCGUCUUUACAAGAUGAAGAUGAUACUAAUGAUGAUGAAAAUACACCAACAUCAAUCCGUCCAUUAUCACAAGCUGAAAUAAUUGGUCGAGUUACACGUCAAUUACAAAAAUUGGAAACGAAACACCAUCCAUCUAUGAAUACAAAUAAAACGUAUAGUCGUGUGUCAUCACCCAAUAGGCGACUGAAAAUUCGUAUGUAAAUGAAAACGAAUUUUUUUAAAAUAAUAAUACUACUACCACUAAUAAUAAUAGAGUAUCGAUUACGAGAAUACUUUUUGAAAAAUGUAAUGAUACCAUCCUAUUUUCAAGUAGGGAAAAACUAUGCAUUGACUCACAUAUUUAAAAUACACACUGUCUGCACAUAUGGUUGACCUUACAAUCAUGGUUAAUUUCACUGUUAUAAAUCAAAGUAUUAAGAUAUUGGAUUAA